AUGCUCUGGGACAUGGCGGUGCGUCUUUUGCGCAGAGUUCAAUCUAUUCAGCUUUGCGUGGACGCCGCCACAGAGAUCACGAAGCACGUCAACUACAUCAACGAUGCCGGCGAGCUCUACAGUACGUUGUUUCGCUACGGUGUUGUCCUCCGAGAUUUGCGCCUCGAGGUCCUGCGGAACAAUACGUAUCUCGCGCCUGUCUCAAAUCCCCGCGCUGGAAAUUGUUUGACAUCAAAUGAGAACAACGAGAUCCUUCCUGUGCCAUACCGGAGGUCUCAAUUACGCCCCGAGGGUGGUACCAGCGGGUCGAAACUUGCUGUUGAACAAGCUGCCGAGGGCGCGCCUUUCUGCCGAUCCUUUCCGUGCUUUUCACGUCGGACUCUUCAAUAUGAUAAACUGGGCACAAUUCGAUUCACUGGUAAGUAA